AUGAUAAAUAAUAAUGUCCAUCAAUAUUGGCGAUUUGAAUUGAUUCUUAUUUUUCUAGUUUUAGUUUCAUUCAUAUUUUUAUAUUGUUAUUAUAAACGAAAUGUUAAACUUUUACAACAAAGAAAAGACAAUGAUGUUCGACAAGUACUUAUAACAAUACAAGAACGUUUUAAAAAGAAUCCACUAAUAUUAUCUAAUAAGGAUAUUUGUAAAUCAUCAUCACAACACAAUAGAUCUGUUGAACAGAUGUUUAAUACACGUUUAGAUGGGACAAUAUCAAUAUUAAAUAAAUAUGAUCCAAAUAAGUUGAUUCAAACACUACCUAAUAUUUCAUUUAUAACUACAGAUAAAUCAAAACAAAUAGAUUAUUCAAUUCGAUCUCAAAAUUCUACUGAUAUAAACCUAAUAAAAAAUAAAAAUAUUGUAUUUAAUAAAAACCAUCUUUCUAAUAACGAUUUAAAACCUAUUAAACAAAUUAUUAUUGAUCUUGAACCAAAUGUUCAUAUGAUACCAUCAACUCCAUCAUGUACAUCGUCUAUUGAUGAAAAUUCUAAUCUAGCAAAAAAUAACUAA